AUGCCAGGCGUCGUGGAGGCUGCCUCCAGCCCUGCCUGGCCGGGGCUGGGCUUUACUGUCGCACAUCAGAAGGUCGAGCUGGAAAUAGAUUUUGCAAAUAAGGGCCUCAAGGGCAAGACGGAAAUCACCAUCCACCCGCAUUACAAGGAACUUCGCGUGAUUCCUUUGAGUUUUCGACAGGGUGAGGUUAAGCGUAUCAACGUCGGCGGGAAGACACCUACAAUUAAAUAUACGAAUCCUUACGAAUCCCUUCAGUUGUACGGCCCUCACUAUCACCAGCGAUUGUCAUCUAAGAUCGAUGGCCUCCUCAAAUCUCCACCGCAAGCGGAACUACUAGUGACGAUCCCGAAAAGUGUCAGAAUUGACGAACUUGACCCUUUCUCGAUUGAGGCCCAGGAUCAGAUGUCCCUGCGAGCAACUGGAGCUGUUGAUGAUGCGGAAGGCCCACUAAGUUCUAAAGCGCCGGAGACUUCUCUCCCCCGGUUCACGGCGCUUACGGUGUAUGUCGAGUUUAUCGUUGAUAAUAUCCGUGAGGGUCUACAGUUUGUCGGGAUGGAAAAUGGCGAUAGACGCUACCCACAUGUCUAUACAACCAACUCACUUGGCUAUGGCGUCGGAUGUCCUCUGUUUCCCUGCGUCGACGAUCCUUCGUCUCGCUGCACCUGGGAAAUUUCGAUCAAAUGCCCUUGUUCCUUAGGGGACGUAUUCGACCGCAAGUCUCGGGAUCCAUCCGGCGCUAAUUCUGGCCGCACAAAAUCCACAUCUAGCCACGGCCGAUAUAUUUCUCCAGAUGACGAGACAUUGGAUAUAUCGGUGGUUUGUUCCGGAGAUAUGACAGAUGAGAUUAUCGAUCCGAAAGAUUCGAGCAAGAAGACCGUCUCAUUUGCAUGUGCUACUCAGCUUUCCGCCAAGCAAGUUGGAUUUGCUGUUGGCCCCUUCGAGUAUGUCAAUCUUUCUGAUUUCCGAGAAAGUGAUCAGGAUGAACAGCUUGGCCAGAAUGCUAUUCCACUGCACGCUUUCUGUCUUCCGGGGAGAGUGGAUGAGCUUAGGAAUACAUGCUUUCCAAUGGCGAAGGCGAUAGACUUCUUUUCAUUAUCAUAUGGAUCGUAUCCAUUCUCAAGCUACAAAAUGUGCUUCGUGGAUGACACACCCCAAGACACCUUGCCGACAGCGUGCCUGUCGAUCUGUAGUAACCACCUUUUGUUCCCCGAAGAAAUUAUUGACCCAAUGUAUGAUUCAACACGCACUCUAGCCCACGCUCUAUCCUGCCAGUGGAUCGGGGUCAAUAUCAUACCAAAGGAGCUGACGGAUACGUGGGUUACCGUGGGAGUCGCCUGGUAUAUCACGGACACCUUCAUGAGAAAGCUUUGUGGGAACAACGAAUAUCGGUUUCGAUUGAAGCAAAUGUCAGAUAGAGUAUGCGAGUUGGACUAUGAACGCCCAUCGAUACACGAUAUGGGAAAUUAUCUCCAGUUAGAUGCGUCCGAGAUCGAAUUUAUCGCAUUGAAGGCGCCUCUAGUUUUAUUCAUUCUGGACCGACGGCUCACCAAAGCCAGUGGGAAAGCGACGAUGUCCCGCAUUAUCUCUCGGCUUUUCUUAAAUUCUCGAAUGGGUGACAUACCCAAUGGUGCAGUCACCACUUCUCUGUUUCAGAAGACGUGCGAGAGGCUUGGUCAUGCAAGGUUGGAUGCAUUCUUCAAUCAAUGGGUGUAUGGGGCUGGGUGCCCGAGAUUCCAGGCCACACAAAGGUUUAACAAGAAAAAGUUGGUGGUCGAAAUGAUGAUUAAACAAGUUCAAUCAGAACAGCCGAGCGCGCGUGAUUUAGAGAGGAAUUAUUUUCUGCGUGAUGUCAAGGAAGAAAUACGGAGUGUCUACGCCGGCGCGAUCCAGCCAGUCUUUACGGGCUCCAUGACUAUCAGAAUCCACGAAGCUGAUGGUACCCCUUAUGAGCAUAUCGUUGAGAUCAAAGAAGGUGUCACCAAGUUUGACAUACCGUAUAACACUAAAUACAAACGAUUGAAACGAAACAAACGGCAAAAGGAGCGUGCUGCCGCCGCCUCAGGUGGCGACCCCAAUGCAGAAGCGCAAGAAGACGUCUUGCUUUACUGCUUAGGUGAUGUUUUGCAAAGUGAGGAGGAAAUACAAGAGUGGAGGCUAGCAGAUUGGAGUAAAGAGGACGAGGAGAGAAUGGGACAGGAAUCCUACGAAUGGAUCCGUAUGGAUGCAGAUUUUGAGUGGAUCUGUAAACUCUCAUUGGUGAUGCCAGGCUACAUGUACCUCUCUCAGCUUCAACAAGAUCGCGAUGUUGUAGCUCAGUUGGAGUCGCUUCAGUAUAUGGCAGCUCAACGGGAGCACCCACUGAUUUCCACAAUCUUCGUUCGAACUUUAAUGGACCGGAGAUAUUUCUAUGGAAUCCGCGCAGCAGCAGCCCGGGCUCUUGUCAAGCAUGCUAAAGAGGAAAUCAAUUGGUUAGGACUGUUCCAUCUGGAACGAGCUUUCCAGGAGUUGUUUUGUCUACCAGGCUCUCCCAUGACUCGCUCAAAUGAUUUUUCCGACAGGGCAGCGUAUAUCCUUCAAUUACUAAUCCCAGAGGCUAUCUCAAAGGUACGAGAUAAUAAUGGGAAGACUCCGAUGCAAGUGAAACGUUUUCUGCAUGAUAAGUUGAAGUUCAACGAUAAUUCUAAUAAUGAGUACUCGGAUAAUUUCUAUGUCGCAACCCUAAUGCAGUCACUGUGUCAUGCUAUGCUGGGGAAAAGCGAGUCGCCGUCCGUGGAAAUGGAUGAUUUUGACAUGGAGCGAGUGCUUGAGUACCAGGCGGAGGAGCAACUAGAGAAAGAUGCUCUGGCCGAAAUUGAUAGGUACCGGCGAAUGGAUGAAUGGUCGAGUUCAUUUCAGAACGUCUAUUCCCGUGCAGCCCUGCGUUGCCAAAUGCAGCUCAUGCAGGCCAGCAUAGUGGACAUGGACGCAUUGCAGUUUUUGCCCUACACCAGGGCUGGGACUUACGACCUCCUUCGUUUGGAUGCCUUCGAAUGUCUAGUGGAAAUGGAUCUCUUCAAAAGCCCUGAGCUUCUGAGGUGGUAUAUUUUCACCAUGUCCAACGACCCUUCUGCCUGGCUUCGGCGACGUCUCCAUAGCUUGUUUGGCAAGGCACUCGCACCUGUGGCUUUCGGUCGUGAACCAGAUAAUCGGGAGCAAGCUACCAGUGAUAGUCUGAUUAUUGAGCAGGAAUCCUCCACUGAAGUCCGCCGGGCAGACUUGGCGCGAAAGCAAACUGUCCCUGGUGCUAUAGAGGCACUGAAGCUUGACGUUUCUGGAGACCAAUCUCUGAAGGAGGCGCUCUGGGCUGCGUGCAACUCCCCCUGCAUUGGGAUAUUGGAGCUUUCCGAAUUCACCGAUCUCUGCCGAAUCUUAUACAGCCCCGUUACGUCCCUGAAGGUAUCCCUAAAAUACCCGCGGUACUGGAAAGCGAGACACCUCGGAAAGGGACGCAUGCAUUUCUUCCGUUCCAACCGUGUUCGCACCACACUCACCCUGUCAAAGGAUUUAGCAGCAGCUCCCGCAAAACGCAAGCGAGAAGAACAGGGAAUGCCACCCCCUGGUCCUCGUAUCACAUUUAAACAGUCGAAGAUUGGCGCAAAGGGGCCAUCGCAGAAUUUGACCUCAACACCGCAGCAAACUCCCAAGUUACAUAUUCCCAAUCUCCCUUCCCCUGCCCCCCAGGCGAUGCCUAAGAACCCGACCACCCCAUCUACCCCGUCAACUCCUGGUGGCGGGUUCAAGUUGAAAUUGAAAUUUGGCCAAAAGUCCAAAUGA